UAACCAGUUUAUCGCUCUUUAGGAGGCUUGUCCCAGUUACCACCCCGGAUUUCUUGCUAACAUCAUGACGUCUAAAGGAUUACUAUACGGCAUGGGAAACCCCCUCCUUGACAUGACAGCUGUUGUCGACGAAGCUUAUCUGCAAAAGUACGAUUUGCAGCCUAACAACGCUAUCUUAGCUGAAGAUAAACACAGGCCAAUAUACGACGAGCUGCUACAGAACGACAACUACAAGAUUAGCUACAGUCCGGGCGGGGCCACGCAGAACACUCUCAGAGUAGCCCAGUGGUACCUGCGUGAACCUGAGUCAACCUCCUUCGUGGGCUGCAUUGGCCAGGACACGUUCGGUGACAAGUUGAAAGCGUGCAUGAAGAAAGAAGACAUCAGGACAAGCUACCUCGUGGACCCAGAGAAACCUACCGGAGUUUGUGCUGUCCUGAUUACUGGAGGAAACAGGUCACUGGUGACCCGACUAGAUGCUGCUAACGAGUACAAAAUCGCCCACCUGGUCCUCCCUGCCACCUGGUCUCUUGUCACUGACGCGAAAUUCUACUACAUCGCCGGGUAUUUCCUGACUGUAUCACCGGACAGCAUGAUUGAGAUCGGAGAGCACGCCGUCAGCACCAACAAGUGCUUCUCAAUGAACCUCAGCGCUCCAUUCCUCAGCCAGUUCUUCAAGGAACCUAUGAAGAAGGUUCUUCCUUACUGUGAUAUCGUGUUUGGUAACGAAGACGAGGCUAGAGCAUUUGCCAAGGAUUUCGAUCUUAACACUAAAGAUCUUCACGAGAUUGCUAAGAAAGUGGCUAAUAUGCCUAAGAAGAACAGCAAGAGGUCGAGGAUUGUGAUCUUCACUCAGGGAGCCAGUCCCGCUGUUGUUUUCAAAGAUAAUCAAGCUAAGGAGUACCCAGUUCUACCUAUCUCUGCUGAAAAUAUUGUAGAUACAAACGGCGCUGGAGAUGCUUUUGUUGGAGGUUUCCUCGCAGAGUACGUGUUAGAUAAGGAUAUAGAAACGUGCGUAACGAACGGCAUGCACGCCGCCCACAUGAAUCUCCAAGUGUCAGGAUGCAGUCUGCCAGAGCACCAGUGAGAUGGAUGUCUAGCUACCGUGAUACCAAGCAGUCCUGAUAACCGGUGAGCUGGAUAUCACUUAGAUCUGUGGGACCCCACUCAAUCCUCAGCUCUGGCCUCUAGGACGACAGUUUCUGAAACUCUAGCUUCUAAGACUUUUAUUUCUGGUGCUCCAGUAUUAUUUGUGUUGAAAGUACGAGGAGCGAUCUAAGGUGUCAUCACCGCUGGAAUACUUAUGUCACAGUAGCUAAAUAUCAGAUUUAAUAUUAUAUUAUUCUAUCUAGAGACUAUUUUGUGCUAGUUUUUAUUAUGUUAAGUUAGUGCCAGGGUAAUUUAUUCCAUUUUUCCGGGUUUAUUGGAUGAGGUUUUACGAUUUCGAAAUUUGAUAGAUUUUGCAAUUUGCAUGAUAAUAUGUAUAUGAUUCUGGGUGUUAAUUAGAACAGUUUAUGGCAUGUUUUGGUUCUAAUUUAUUUUCUCUUUAGUAUAUUUUAGAUUAUUUCCAUGAUAUUCGAGAAUAUGCUGUCUGUCUUACGGCUAUGAUAUCUAAUAUUGCAUAUUAUUUUGGUCUCUGAUAAAAUUAACCCUCUUUAUAUCGAAAGUUUUAAGAUUGAAAUUUUAAGUCAUAUCGAAGUUGAACAUUUUUUUCAUUCAGAAUUUCACUGUUCAUUAUUAGAUAAUAACUAGUUCAUUUUAAAA